AUGCCAAAACAUAAACUUGAACCUAUCCUACAAACAAAACUAAACCAACUCUAUGCGUGCCUGCACGCUUAUGAGAAGGUCAUCGUUGCAUUUUCUGGUGGUGUUGAUAGCACAUUUCUCGCAGAGGCGGCACAACACGCACUCGGUAAUAACGCUCUUGCCGUUACUGCCAUUUCGGAUUCCUAUCCGAUCCGAGAGAUGCAAGCCGCGCAAGAUAUCGCCAAACAGAUCGGGAUCCGCUUUGAAACCGUCCACACGGAAGAAUUAGAAUUGGAGGGUUACGCAAGCAACCCGACGAACCGAUGCUUUUUCUGCAAGACGGAGCUAUUCGAUAAGUUAAGUCCCAUCGCUGAAAAAUACGAUGUUGGAACGAUUAUCUACGGCGCGAUCCCGGAUGAUGUCGGCGACCAUCGCCCUGGAAUGGAUGCCGCGAAGGGGAUGGGUAUCCAAGCCCCUUUAAUUGAUGUCGAUCUGACGAAAGCAGAGAUUCGUGAGAUUUCAAAGGUGUGGGAACUCCCGACAUGGGAUAAACCCGCAUUUGCCUGCCUAUCUUCACGGUUCCCUUACGGCAUGCGUAUCACCCGUGAAUUGUUGCGCCAGGUGGAUGCCGCCGAGCAAUUUCUCUACGAUUUAGGCAUUCGUCAAUUCCGUGUCCGACACCACGGCGACCUCGCACGCAUUGAACUCGAAGCGGAGGAGAUCUCGCGGAUGCUUGCAAAAACCGUGCGCCACGACAUCAGCACCUACUUUAAAACACUCGGAUAUAUGCAUGUCGCGCUCGACCUGCAAGGGUAUCGUUCUGGGAGCCUGAACGAGGGGGUCACAAUUUCGUAA